AUGCGUCAAAGUACUCCCCGAUUAAUAUGUUCCAGAAUCAGGCUGCCAGAGUUUCACAACAAGGAAGAAUCAGACGUGAAACUCUACCAACAGAGUUGCUGGAAGCUCACAAGUCUCAUCAGGAAUGGUUCACGAGGAGGUCGCAGAAAGCAAUCAUUUCAGGCAACUCUAACAGAUACAAUGGCUGGUUUUAGAGAGUUUCAACGCCAAAGCUUACAACAAAUGCGCCCAAAUUCUUUUGAUCAAGAAGAUUAUGAUGAAUGCGAGAUGGCUAUCAAGAUAUUUGAAUCAAUGGAAGUUCAAAAGAAUACUGGAUUUUAUUGGGCAUGCAUUCAAGCAUUUAAGGAUGAAAGAUUUUGGCGUAAGUAUUUCAUCGUAGAGCCGAAUAUUCUGACGAUGAUAAGCUACAGUUUUUGCAAGCUUUAA